AUGGCUAGAAUGAAACACAUCCAUGGCAUGCCCUACGUCCUUCAUCACUUCUUCUCAUCUAUAUUACCUAUUUCUGCUCCGACGGCAUCAAUCACUCACUGGUCCUGUGGCCACCAGACCGGGAAGAUACACCUGAUCAAAGCUUGGCCAAAUUUCGAACCCUCCAAACAUCAACGAAAGGGCUCCCCUGAAGACUGCGAAGCACCCGUAACUGAGAUCGGAAGCCCGAACAUCAAAAAUCAAAGGCAAUUCAAAGAUAUAAAUCGACUCAACUUGUGA